UUCGUGGUAACGCGGUCUUCUUACUCGCCGUAGAAAAUAUUACAUUCACCAAAUAAAAAGUGUUAACGCCGGCAAACACUUUUAAAAAAUCAAAAGCAUUUAAAAAAAAAAAAUCAGUGUGCUAGAUCACCUAAUGGAUCAAUGUUUAAUUCAAAAGUACAAAAACCAAAAGCAACAAAAUUUUACUAAAAAUUACGCUCUCAAGCAAUUAUGACGUUCUGCAGCCGAUUGGUGAACGAAUCGGUGCCCAGAAUGUGUGUCAUAUCAACAAACAAAGUAGUCCAAACAAAAUCAUCAACAACAACGUUAUCAUCGAGAACUAUAAAACUGAAAUCAAUAAAAACGAAAUACUUUACUAGCAAAUGGCUCUUAACGAUAAUAAUCGGUUUCUUAAGUCUAUCGUGCAUUGUCGUCAAUGGCGUCCAUGUACCCGGCCCGGGUCCGGGAAGUCUAUCAUCAUCCGCCCAAUAUACAGCAUUUCCACGACGACGAUCAUCCGCCGACGGAAGUGGACAAAUGCAAUCGCGAGCAGUUGAUAAAACGGUCUAUUUAAAUGUCGACGAAGGUAAACCUCGGGGUACCGUAGUCGGCUCAAUAACAACCGAACCAGGAUUCACCUAUCGCUUCAAUGAACCACCUCGAGAAUUCACCCUCGACCAAAAUACCGGCGAAAUCAAAACUAACAUGGUCCUCGAUCGCGAAGGAAUGCGUGACCGCUACGAUCUGGUGGUGCUAUCCAGUCAACCAACUUAUCCCAUCGAAGUCCGCAUCACCGUGAACGAUGUGAAUGACAACCCGCCAGAGUUCCCCGAACCCAGUAUAGCGGUUUCCUUUCCAGAAAGUGCCGCCUCAGGAACUCGUAUCCUUCUUGACGCAGCAACCGAUCGCGACACAGGUGUGAACAGUGUCACCGAUGACUAUCGCAUUGUCGACGGCGAUCAUGACAACAAGUUCCGCCUCGCUGUAACCACCAAUCCUAGCGGUGAUGUGUCAUACCUCCAUUUGGAAACUACCAAAAGCCUCGAUCGCGAAUCUUGCGGAUUCUACUCACUAAACAUCUCCGCCCGUGACGGAGGCUAUCCACCACUCUUCGGAUACCUCCAGGUCAAUGUGACCAUUGUCGAUGUAAAUGACAAUCCACCGAUUUUCGAUCACAGCGACUACAACGCCUCACUAAUUGAAUCCGUACCGCCUGGUACACCGGUUCUCCAAGUCAUGGCAUCCGAUAAUGACUUGGGUGAUAAUAGCAAGAUCACAUACUACCUGUCCGAUUCCGAGACUCAAUUCACCGUCGACCCAGAGACAGGUGUCAUUUCGACGACCCAACGUCUAUCGUGUAAAGACCCCAAUUGCCAAACCGACUCGUGUUCGAAAAGUUGCGUGUUCACUGUAUUUGCCCGUGAUCAUGGUUCACCUCGUCAAGAUGGACGCACUUAUGUCACCAUCAGCUUAGUCGAUACCAAUGAUCAUGAUCCAGUGAUAAGAUUCCAGUAUUUUCCACCAACCGGCAGUUUUGCCACUGUCGACGAGAACGCACCAAAUGGCAGUGUAGUAGCUGCAGUAUCUGUAGUUGAUAUGGAUGAGGGCUUAAAUGGUGACACUAGCAUCAGGAUUGUAUCGGGCAAUGAGAUGCAACAUUUCCGCUUGGAAAAAACACCCAGUUUUGAUAUUGUGCGUGUAAAUGGUGCACUUGAUCGCGAAGAGAUCGGAAAGUACAAUCUUACAGUGGUGGCCAUUGACAAAGGAACACCACAACGAACAGCUACCGCAUACCUCAUCAUUCAUGUGAACGAUGUCAAUGAUCAUGAGCCGGUAUUUGAGAAAUCAGAAUACACUGCGGUUCUGAGUGAACUAGCUCCACCGGGUACCUAUGUCGCUAGCAUCACUGCCACCGAUGAAGACACUGGGGUCAAUGCACAAAUUUCCUACACCUUCGUCUCCGGCAACGACAAGCAAUGGUUUACCAUUGAUCCCGCCUCUGGUUUGAUAACAACACGCGCCGCUUUAGAUCGUGAAAUUCAGGGCACCGUCGAACUAAAUAUAUCGGCGCGGGAUGGCGGACCCAAUCCAAAAUGGGCACACACCGAACUUAAAGUUACCAUACUCGAUGAGAACGACGAAGCGCCACAAUUUUCCCAACCACACAUCAAUGUGAGUUUAAGUGAAAAUACCCCAGCCCAGGCUUUAGUUGCAAUGCUUACAGCCGCCGAUCACGAUCAGGGAACGAAUGGCAGUGUCACCUAUACAUUGCCAGCGAUCGUUCAACAAAAAUAUCCCGAUCAAUUCGCCCUUGACUCGUUGACUGGUCAAUUAACAACCAAACAUGAGCUAGAUCGUGAGACGAUCGCACAUUAUGAGAUUUUUGUGGUAGCUCGCGAUCAGGGUGCACCACCGCAAUCAUCAACUGCUACCGUCUAUUUAACCGUCGAGGAUAUCAACGAUAAUAGUCCGGAAUUUUAUCCCAAACAAUAUUUCCAAACAAUUGCCGACGAUACACCGAUUGGAACGUCGAUAUUGAAGGUUAGUGCGACUGAUCGUGACUUUGGUGAUAAUGCUUUAAUUACUUAUAAGCUGGAGAGCGGCGAUGUUGAUGAUCUAUUUACUAUUGAUAGUCGUUCGGGGGUGAUCAGUUUGCGUGGUAAUUUGCGUCAAUCGUCGGCGGCUGGAUCGGGAUCGGGAUCCACAUCAUCGACAAAGAGCUCCAAUAAAGCUUUAUACAAGUUAAAAAUUUCAUCAAAGGAUCAUGGCGGUCGUCGAUCGGAACGCGAUGCGAUCGUUGAAAUUCUUAAACAAUCAAAAAUGGAAAGUUUAGAUUUUGACUCCUUUACUGGAUAUGAAUUCCAGAUUGUCGAGGAUCAUGGGAGCACAGCAAAUCCCGAUAUUGGCCGUGAAGUGGGAAAGGUACAAGUUAAACCAAUGAACAAACACCAACAACAACAACCAAUCGAAUAUGCCAUUGUCUUUGGUGAUCCUGAUGAAAAUUUCGAAAUAAAUCCUCGCACCGGGGUCAUAACAACAGCCAAACGGAUCGAUCGUGAAUCGAUGAUUCAAUAUACUUUAACGAUAGUUGCCCGCACCGGAUUGGCAUACGGCCGUACAACAGUCAACAUAUCGAUUCUAGAUCUAAACGAUAAUGCACCAAUUUUUGCCCACGAUCGUGAUGAGAUCUUGCUGCCCGAGAAUUCUGCCGUUGGUCAAGAGGUUUACUUGUCACGGGCUCGUGAUAGAGACUCGGGAAUUAAUAGUCAUGUAUCUUAUAGUCUUACAUACAAUCCCGAUGAGCAAUUUCGUAUUAGUGCUGCAACUGGGGUAUUAUACUUGAAUCGACCGAUCCGUGCUGAGCCGGGGACAGUUUUGCACGUUGAGCUGACAGCAACUGAUGGUGGUACACCGAUGGCGCUGUCGUCGAAAAAUACCAUCACCAUACAGAUAGCUGAUGUUAACGAUCAUACACCUGUCUUUGAUCAUACGUCCUAUGAGACGUCUCUGUUGGAAUCGACACCGGUGAAUGCGCGGUUUUUUGCAUUGGCCGCUUCUGAUGCCGAUUUGGGGGCAAAUGGAAGGAUAUCGUAUGAAAUAAUUGAGGGGAAUAAUGAGGGGAAAUUUGGGAUAUUCCCUGAUGGAUAUUUGUUUGUCAAGUCUCAGUUGGAUAGGGAAGAAAAGGAUUAUUAUUCAUUGACAAUUGCUUGUAAGGAUGCCGGACAACCGUCGCGAUCGUCGGUGGUGCCGGUGAUUAUUCAUGUCAUCGAUGAGAAUGACAAUGCACCGCAGUUUACCAAUCAAACGUUCACCUUUAGCAUACCGGAGAAUGAGCCGGUGGAUUCAUUUGUUGGCAAAUUGACCGCAUAUGAUCGUGACAUUGGCCGGAAUGCCGAGUUGAUAUUCUCACUGUCAUCGCAAGAGGCUGAUUUUACGAUUGAUUCGAGAUACGGUUUCAUUAAGACACUGCAUCCGUUCGAUCGUGAAGAAUUGGUGCAGAAUCAGAAUCAGAAUUUCUUGCAAUUGGAGGCGAUUGUAAGUGAUAAUGGGUUGCAAAGAUUGCGGGAUAAGGUUAAAGUGAGGAUUUACAUUACGGAUGUUAAUGAUAAUGCACCGCAGUUUUUGCGGGCGCCAUAUAAAGUGCAAAUAUCGGAGGGAUCUGGUGUUGGGACACAGGUUAUAAGGGUUUACACGAUCGAUGCCGAUGAGGGUUUGAAUGGUGAUGUGUAUUAUUCGAUAACGGAUGGCAAUCAGGAUGGUAGAUUUGCGGUGGAUGAUGCAACGGGUCAGGUUUCGUUGGCAAAACAAUUGGAUAGGGAGACAAAGGCGGUUUAUAAGUUGACAGUUGUGGCGAGGGAUGCUGCUUUGAAGGGACAGCUGUCAGCGAGUACGACAAUUAGUGUGGAAGUGUUGGAUGAGAAUGAUAAUGCGCCAGAGUUUACGCAAACAGAUACACAGAUUUCGGUGAGGGAGACGAGUCCGAUUGGUACGGAGCUGAUGAAGUUUAGGGCGAGUGAUUCGGAUUUGGGAAUGAAUAGCCAGGUGACGUUUUCGAUAUCGGCGGGCAAUCGGAAGGAUACGUUUCACAUUGAUCCGAUAAGUGGGUCGUUGUAUUUGCAUAAGUCUUUGGACUAUGAAGAUACUACGACUUAUAUAUUGAAUAUCACUGCCUCAGAUGGGGGUACACCGAGACUGUCCACCACCAUCAUGUUUACCGUGAAUGUUGUGGAUGAAAAUGACAAUCCACCGAAUUUCCCUAACACAGCGAUUGUUCGGCAGAUAAAGGAGGGUAUUGCUAUCAAAACUCCAAUUGUCACAGUGACAGCUGAAGAUCCAGACUCUGGAGCGAAUGGAAAAGUGACUUAUGCAAUUUCCAAACAAGAACCUGAAGUUGGUGGGGGAAGACAUUUCGGAAUUAAUAGAACUACCGGAGUGAUUCACACGUUGCGACAAAUUGAUCGGGAGACAAUUGAUACUUUUCGAUUGACAGUUGUGGCAACUGAUCAGGCUGAUCCUCCGGCAAAGAGACUUUCGGCAGAGAAGAUUGUGACAGUGAUAGUUGAGGACAUUAAUGACAAUGCGCCAGUGUUUGUGUCGAUGAAUGCAGCGAUUCUCCCACUGCAUAGUAAGAAUCAUGUGAAUCCAGGUCGAGAUGGAUCGGUGAUUAUGUACGUCAACGCUCGUGACGCUGAUUCUAGUACAAACGGCUUAGUGACCUACGAAAUGGUUAAUGGAAAUACAGAUUUGUUCAAGUUACACCGUAACACGGGAGCGAUUUCCCUCCAACGAUCAAUUGCAAACCCUGAAGUUCGUUACCAAUUAGCCUUAAAAGCCACUGACGAAGCGGUACAAUCUGAACGCAAAAGCUCCGAUGCUUAUAUAACGAUUAUUGCAACAUCGGCAAUUAAUAACGGUCCGGUAUUCGAUCAACGAGAGCAAAUCGGUAGUGUUUAUGAAAAUGAACCAACGGGUACGAGUAUAUUGACGGUUAGUGCUCGCCUCAAUUCGGCCGAAAUUGAGUUUUACGUGACCAAUGUGACAAGUGUUGGUAUAAAUGGCGGUGCAAAUAAACAAGUUGAUCGUUUAUUCGAUAUUGAUACAAAAUUGGGAAUUCUAUCAACAGCUAAGGAAUUGGAUCGUGAGUCUGGAGUUGAUACGUACGAGAUUGAAGUUUAUGCUAUUGCAUUGGGCGGUGCACUAAGGACCACAAGUACUAAGGUGAAAGUAACAGUAUUGGACAAAAACGACAGUCCACCAGUAUUCCGUGAUAUUCCGUUGACAUUUAGUGUUAGCGAAGACCUUGGUGCUGGUCAUACAGUUGCAACAAUUCGUGCCACCGAUCCAGACACAUUGGGAACUCUGACCUAUACAAUGAUCAAUGGGGACGAUGGUAAAUUCUUACUUGAACCGGACACGGGUAAAUUGCGCCUAAAGGACGCUCUGGAUCGUGAAACCAAAGAUGUUUAUCACCUGAUUAUACGUGUCACCGAUGGUGUACAGCAUACAGAAACCACUGUUAUCGUACAGGUUACGGACACAAACGACAAUCCGCCGGUAUUCUCGGAAGCUGUUUACUCAUUUGACAUACCGGAGAACGCACCACGAGGCUAUCAGGUCGGUGUUAUCUCGGCGACGGAUCCAGAUUUGGGUAAUAAUGCAAUGGUCUCGUAUACGGUAAUCUCCGAUUGGGCUAAUGAUGUGUUCAGUUUGAAUCCGCAAACUGGUGUCUUUACGCUGACAGCUCGUCUUGAUUAUGAGGAGGUGCAACAUUAUAUUCUGGUUGUACAAGCACAAGAUAAUGGACAUCCAAGUUUAUCGACCACAUUAACAGUUUACUGUAAUGUUCUUGAUUUGAAUGAUAACGCACCGGUAUUUGAUCCUAUGAGCUAUUCAAAUGAGAUUUUUGAGAAUGUUUCGAUUGGAACGCCAGUGGUAACAGUUAGUGCAACAGAUAUUGAUUCAGGAGAUAACGGUCGGAUUGAGUACAGCAUAACAGCGGGUGACGAUAAUGAUGAUUUUGAAAUUGCACAAAACGGUACAAUUCGUACGAAACGUGAACUCGAUCGUGAAGCAAAGAACUCGUACAAUUUAGUUGUGACCGCAAGAGAUUGUGCCAAGGAGCCUGAACAACGGAAGUUAUCUUCGACAGUACAGGUGACUGUUGUCCUAAAAGACGUCAACGAUGAAUCACCCAUCUUCACCUCAGCCAAUGAAACAUCAAUAAUGGAAAACAUCGCUGUCAAUACCGUAGUAAUGGCUGUCAAAGCCAUUGACCGUGACGAGGGUCGCAACGGCUACAUCGAGUACAUCCUAGCUUCCGAACAAUCCGUACCCUUUACUCUUGGCCCAGUUGAUGGUUUACUCCGUGUCGCCGGUCGUCUAGAUCGCGAAAUACGUUCCAGUUAUCUUCUGAGUGUCACAGCACGUGACCGUGGUGAACCACCACGUUCAACACAAACUCAAAUCUCUGCCAAAAUUCUCGAUGAAAAUGACAAUAGCCCAGUAUUCGACCCAAAACAAUACAGUGCCUCAGUAGCAGAAAAUGCCAGUAUUGGAGCAAUGGUCUUACAAGUUUCCGCAACCGAUAUUGACGAAGGCUCCAAUGGCAGGGUGCGGUUUUCUAUAGCAGCUGGUGACAAUAAUCGUGAUUUCAGUAUUAGCGAGGAUUCGGGUGUCGUGAGAGUUGCCAAGAAUCUAAAUUACGAAAGGAAAUCUCGCUAUGUUUUGACCGUACGUGCUGAAGAUUGUGCUGCCGAUGUUGCUGCUGGUGGAGCAGCAGUCGAAACAAGAUAUGAUACUGCUGAAUUGACUAUCGUCAUCACUGACAUUAAUGAUAAUCCGCCAACAUUUUUGGAUUCACCUUAUCUGGCUUAUGUUAUGGAGAAUGUUAUACCGCCGAAUGGAGGUUAUGUUAUAACAGUGAAAGCCUAUGACGCCGAUACACCGCCAUUUAACUCACAAGUUCGUUACUUCCUGAAGGAAGGCGAUGCCGAUUUGUUCCGCAUUAAUGCAUCAACUGGCGAGAUAUCCUUGCUGCGUGCUUUGGACCGUGAGAUGCAAGCUGAAUAUACACUUACCCUUGUUGCUAUGGAUACUGGAUCACCACCAUUAACUGGUACUGGAAUAGUUCGAGUAAUCGUUCAGGAUAUGAAUGAUCAUCGACCAGAAUUUGCUCGCCAAUCUUACCAUGCUACAGUUCAGGAGAAUCUAGCAAUUGGAACAAAAGUUCUUCAUCCCAUUGCUACUGAUAAGGAUACUGGCCUAAACGCUAAGAUCCGUUUCAGCUUGUUGGGUGAAAAAAUGGAGAAAUUUCAUGUAAAUGCUGAUACUGGAGAAAUUACCACAGCAGCAGUUCUGGAUCGUGAAGAAACUUCGGUCUAUUAUCUAACUUUAAUGGCUCAAGACAGUUCUGCUACGGAACCCAAGGCUUCAACUGUCAAUCUUACCGUUACUAUUCUUGAUGUCAAUGAUAAUGCUCCAGUUUUUGAAAGUUCGAAUUUUAAUGUUUACGUUCCUGAUAAUAUCAAAAAUGGUGAAUUUAUAUUCGGAGCUAGAGCUAUUGAUUUGGAUGAUGGAGAAAAUGCUGAAAUAGUCUAUUCACUUAGUGGAAAUGAUUCGAAUAAGUUUGUUAUCAACAAAAAGUCAGGAGUUAUUAAGACAAAAGUUGAAUCAUGGUCAAGUAUUGGAGGAAGUGGAAGUAGUAAGAAUUAUUCAAUAGUUAUGCAUGCUACUGAUCAAGGAACUGAUCCUCGAAGUGCUAAAGCCACAUUGAAUAUUCAACUAAGUCAAGCUUCAAAGUUCCCAACAUUCUCCUACAUGCCUAAUACUCAAUUCACCCUAUCCGAAGAUGUGACAGAAGGCAAGUUUAUUACGAAAAUCCAAGCUACUUCACCAAAACGUGAUGCUUCAGGAAAUAUUAGAUAUUCCAUCGCUGGUGGAAAUAUUGAUGAAGCUGUACGAAUUAAUCCUGAAACUGGUGAAACAACUAUUGGAAAAGACGGACUUGACUAUGAGACAGCACAUCAGUAUGAAAUAUGGAUUGAAGCAGCUGAUUCGGAUACGCCAAGUCUGAGAAGUGUUAUGUUGUUGACAAUUAAUGUUACCGAUGCUAAUGAUAAUGCUCCAGUAAUGGAGAAAUUGAUUUAUAAUACUGAAGUUUUUGAAGAAGAACCUGAACAAUCAGUGAUUAAAGUGAAAGCUAUUGAUCGUGAUUCGGCGGAAAAUGGAGAAGUUACUUAUCGUCUGGUGAACGAUUUUGAUGAGUCUUUUGAAAUUGAUCAUUUGGGUGAAAUAUUUACUAGAAUUUCUCUCGAUCGUGAAGAAAUUCCUUCGUAUGAACUUGUUGUCGAAGCUGUUGAUCAAGGUAUACCACAAUUGACAGGAAGUGCUACUGUCAUUAUCACAGUUUUGGAUAAAAAUGACAAUCCACCAAGAUUCACUCGAUUAUUUAGUGUAAAUGUUACUGAAAAUGCUGAAAUUGGAAGUUUUGUUAUCAAAGUGACUUCUUCCGACUUGGAUACUGGUGUAAAUGCUAAUGCAACUUAUAGUUUCACCGAGAAUCCUGGUGAGAAGUUCAUCAUUGACCCCAUAACUGGAAAUGUUUCAGUAGCUGCUCAUUUAGAUCGUGAGCAACAGGAUGAGUAUCUCCUCAAAGUAGCAGCUUCAGAUGGAGCCUGGCGUUCAGAAACCCCUUUGACAAUCACAAUUCAAGAUCAGAAUGACAAUGCCCCAGAGUUUGAACACAGCUAUUACAGUUUCAAUUUCCCCGAGCUACAACGUCCAGUGGCAUUUGUUGGACAAGUUAUUGCCACCGAUCGUGAUAAACAAGGACCUAAUUCGGUGAUUUCAUACUCUCUUCAACAUCCAUCAGACUUAUUCACAAUUGAUCCAGCAACUGGAGAGGUUCAUAGCAAGCGAACAAUCGGUUAUAAACAUUCUCAAGUUGAAGCUUCGCCGGAGAAUAUGUACUCAAUGACAAUUCUAGCGACUGAUAAUGGCAAACCUCCAAUGUACUCGGAAUGUCUUGUUAAUGUUAACGUAGUCGAUGCCAACAAUAACCCACCAAAGUUCGAGUCUCGAGGAUAUUUGUCACCGGUUCCUGAAGAUGCCAAAGCUGGACAAAAGAUUGUUCAAGUUGUUGCGAAAGAUGAACUCGACUAUGGUGUAAACGCAGAGAUUGACUAUUCUAUUGUCGGUGGUAACGGAACUUCAUACUUCUCCAUCAACAAACAAGAUGGUUGGAUCUCAGUCUCGAAACCAAUUACAGUUCCACCAAACGCAGCCUUUGCCCUAAGAAUUAAAGCAAUUGAUCGUGGAGUUCCACCACAAAGCGAUGAAGUUCAAGCAACUGUCAUUGUGACAGGUGAGAAUAACUAUUCACCGGAAUUCACUGCCCUAAGUUACCAAGUGAUUGUUGCUGAAAACCAACCGAUAGGCGCAAAAAUCGUUACUGUCGAGGCUUCGGAUCGAGAUGAUGGUCCGAAUGGAAUGAUUCGAUACUCGAUCUCUGGUGGAAAUGAAAGAAAGGAAUUCACAGUUGAUGCAGUUUCAGGGGCUGUCACUAUUCUUCAACCUCUAGACUAUGAUCAAAUUAGGGUCUAUAGGUUAAAUAUUACCGCUGAAGAUUUGGGCUUCAAGUCAAAGAGUGCUGUUGCAAUGCUUACCGUUAUCCUCACCGAUAUCAAUGACAAUGCUCCAGAAUUCAAUCAAACUAAGUAUCAUUCAUAUUUGGCAGAGAAUCAGCCACCGAAUACCUUCGUUUUCCAAGCUCAUGCAACCGAUAUAGACUCGCCUGUUAAUGCUGUCAUUCGAUACUCAAUUACUGGAGGAACUGGUCGGAAUCUCUUCAAGAUCAAUCCAACUAACGGAAUGAUCAAUUCAACUGCUAGUUUUGAUUAUGAGGAAAAGAAAGAGUAUCUCCUACAAGUCCUGGCUCAAAACCCAGACUCAGUGAUGCAGGGUUAUGCUGAGGUUAUUGUCCACAUUACUGGAGUCAAUGAGUACUAUCCACAGUUUAUUCAACCUGUGUUUCACUUCGAUGUUUCGGAAUCAGCUGAAGUUGGAACAGUUAUUGGGUCUAUUCAAGCCACGGACAAGGAUGCCGGUGAAGAUGGUAAAGUCUACUACUUAUUGGUAGGUUCCAGCAAUGAUAAGGGCUUCGGAAUAAACUCCGAAACAGGAGUUAUGUUCGUUUCAAGAAAUCUCGACCGUGAGACUCAAAGUCGUGUGGUUUUGACCGUUUUGGCGAAAAAUUUCGGUGGAAUUCGUGGAAAUGAUACCGAUGAAGCUCAAGUUAUCAUUUCGAUUCAAGAUGGUAAUGAUCCUCCAGAGUUCUUGAAUCAUCUUUAUGAGGCUAGAAUAUCCGAAGGAGCCUCGAUUGGUACCAAAGUAACAAGUGUCAAGGCCGUCGAUAAAGAUGUCCGUCCACAGAAUAAUCAAUUCACCUAUUCAAUCAUCAAUGGAAAUAUCAAUCAAGCUUUUAAAGUUGAUCCACAGAGUGGACAGAUCGAAACAGCAAAAAUGCUUGAUCGGGAGACUAUUCCGACCUACAAUCUUAUUCUAGGGGCUAUUGAUACCGGGCUACCUCCUCAAACCGGUACAGCAACUGUCAAAAUUGAUCUUCUAGAUGUCAAUGAUAACGGACCAAUCUUCGAUGCUAACGGAGUUAUUGGUUAUGUUUCAGAAAAUGAACCUCCCGGAACCACUAUCAUGACCCUGUCAGCUAACGAUCCUGAUCUUCCACCAAAUGGAGGACCGUUUACCUACUAUUUGGUAGGUGGUAAACACAAGGCUAUGGUAAAUGUUGAUAAACAUUCCGGACUCAUGAAGACAACUCGAAGUAUUGAUCGUGAAGUGACUCCAAGUUUAGAGAUCAUUGUGGAAGUUGAAGAUAAUGGGAAACCAAAGAUGAAAUCUCAACAUACAAUCACUGUGAAUAUACUCGAUCAAAAUGAUAGCCCCUCGACUCCGAGAAUGGUCCAUGUUCUAUUGAACAUAUUUAAUAAUGAAAUUCCGAUUGGAAAAAUUGCCGAUGUUCAUCCGAAUGAUCCCGAUACUACUGGAGACUAUAAAUGUCGAAUUAAGCCAGAUUCGCAGGGAAGUUUGAUGGGAAUUUUGACAAUUCCGACAAAGUGUGAUCUACAUACAACACCAAAGACUUCAACUCAUGGGUAUUCCUAUUCUGUGUCAGGAAAUGAUGGAAAGCACAAUGAUGUGACUUCAACAGUGACGGUCGAAUUCAAGACCUUUGACAAUACAACAGUGGCGAAUUCGAUAACUAUCAAUGUUGACAAUAUGACAGCUGAGACAUUCCUAACGACUUAUUAUAGAAGCUUUUUGGAUACUCUCAAGUCUACUACCGAUCAGGGGGAUGAAUAUAACCUUUAUAGUAUAAGAAAUACCAUGAAUCAAACUGGUUUCCAGAUUGCUUUAGCCCUUCAGACCUCAAGUCAAAGCUAUCGAUCACCAAGGUACAUCACCGAGAGACUUAACAAGAAGUUGGAAACGUUCGAGAGACUUUUACAAGCUGCUGGAAGAGUAAAGAUUGGUUUUACACCUUGCCUGGGUAUAAACACCUGUGAUAAUGGUGGGGUCUGUAGUGAAGACUUUAGGGUCCAUGAUACAAGGUCCCUCAACAUCGUCGAUAGUCAAACGUUGAUAUUUACUGCCCCACUCGUGACUCAUGAUUUCGUGUGCAAGUGUCCGGAUGGUUAUACCGGACGUCAAUGUGAGAAACGUCAAGACCCCUGCUCUCCAAAUCCCUGUCAAGCUAAUGGUCAAUGUCGAAGGCAAGGCUAUGACUUCCAAUGUACAUGCUCACCACAUCGAGAGGGUAAAUUCUGUCAGUUGGAAAGGGGAGAUGUUUGUGCUGGCAGCCCUUGUAGAAACGGAGGGUCUUGCCGGGAGAGUCCUGAUGGAUCAUCGUUCUUCUGCCUUUGUAGACCUGGUUACCGAGGAAAUCAAUGUGAACAUAUUGCGGAUUCAUGUCGACCGAAUCCGUGUCUUCAUGGAGGCUUGUGUGUGGCACUCAAACCGGGCUACAAAUGUAGCUGUGUGGGAGGACGUUACGGAAGGCACUGUGAGAAGACAACUUUCGGGUUUGAAGAGCUUUCGUUUAUGGCUUUCCCAUCGCUUGAUGCAGCUACUAAUGACAUUUCUAUCAUCUUUGCCACGACUAAGCCUGAUGGUCUGCUCUUAUACAACUAUGGCAUUCAAAGUGGAGGAAGAUCAGACUUUGUGGCUAUUGAAGUCGUCAAAGGGAAGGCCCUAUUUUCAUUUGGUGGAGCUCGAACUGCCAUUACUACGGUCAUUGUGGGAAGUGGAUCUAAUUACACUCUUGCAAAUGGAAAAUGGCACAAGGUUACUGCCACACGAAAUGGUCGAGUGAUGUCCCUGAGUGUUGCCAAAUGUACUGAGAAUGGGGAUGUCUGUGAAGAGUGUCGACCGGGAGAUUCCAAUUGCUAUGCUGAUGAUGUUGGACCUUCAGGAACCUUGAAUUUCAAUAAACAGCCUUUAUUGGUUGGAGGUCUUUCGACAGCUGAUCCGGUCUUAGAGCGACCUGGACAGAUUCACACUGAUGAUUUGGUUGGAUGUGUCCAUAGUGUCUCGAUAAAUGGACGUCUUUUGAACAUGAGUAGUCCCCUGAAACAGAGAGGAGUCCUUCCAACUUGUAACCGAAACAACAAUGGCGGACCUUGCCAACAAGGUCUUCCAUCAGACCCGGCUUUAUCACUCUGUGGAACGUUUGGAGUCUGUAUGGAUCGAUGGCACACAGCAAUGUGUCAAUGUGGUGGAAAUCUUCUAUCACCCGAUUGCUAUAGCUCUCUAGAGCCAAUUUCAAUCUCUGAUGGAGGCUUUGUCGAGUUCAAAAUCUCUGAGAAACAUCGAAGAAUGCAACUGCUUGAUAACUUGUAUGGGGGAAAUAACGUUUGGAUGUAUGACGUCGAGUCUCGAAGGCGUCGUUUUACAGUGAAUAAUGACAAUAUCACUUCAAUGGCUCAAAUUGGUGACCCACCAAAGACCCUAAGUUUGGUUUUCCGAACUGUUCAGCAGAAUGGUAUCAUACUUUUUGCGGCAACUAAUAAACAUUUCACCUCAGUUGAGCUUAGAUCUGGAAAAUUGAUGUACAGUUCAAGACAAAGAACCUCGGUUAAUAUGACAGUUCAUGAUCCAGAGACCUUAGCCGAUGGCAAGUGGCAUAAUUUGACACUUCAUGCUUCUAAUCGGGUUUUGAGAAUCCUCAUCGAUGGUCAGAAAGUUGGUGAUGAAUUAGACUCCAAUGGAGUUCAUGAUUUCCUUGAUCCAUAUUUGACAGUUCUGUCAGUUGGUGGUGUUCGUAGGGAAUUCUUGCAACAAGAAACAAUGCCUGCAAGUUUUGAAGGUUGUUUGGCAAAUUUUACCAUCAACAAUGAAGUCCAACCUUUCAAUGGUUCUGGAAGUGUCUUCAAUGAGGUUCUUUCCAGGGGAAAAGUCUUUCAAGGUUGUGUCGGAGUUCUGGGUAUUGGAGCAGCUCAAGUUGCAGACCCUCUAAGCAUUGGAAUAACCUUAGUUAUUGUAUUCUUCGUCAUUCUCCUGGUGGCCAUUUUGGUAUCAUUCGUAGUAUUUCGAUUUCGAAAACAACAAAAAGAGAAAAGUGGUGGUCCUGGGGGAGCUCCAGGCCUUCAAAGUAAACAAAAUGGAGGAUCAACAAUGCUUGGUAGUUCCGGACUUGGAGGAAAUAAUGGCGACUGCGUUAUGGCACGAGGCCUACAUUCCAAUGAUCCCAGUGUUGGAUAUCAUGGAGACAAUGGAGAUCUAAUUCGUGGAGUUGGUGGCCAUCAUAUGGUUGGACCGGAAUUGAUAUCGAAGAAAUACAAAGAACGAGAAAUUGGUCCUGGGGAACAUCAGCGGCCACAAAGACCUGAUAUCAUUGAACGAGAAGUCGUGAGUAAAAGUCCACCAUUGCGGGAUGAGCAUCAUCCACCGAUUCCACCACCAAGUCAAUCACAUCAUCCUCAUGACCAUCCUGGAUCAGUCGACUUAGGUUCCGAGUUUCCAGAGCAUUAUGAUCUAGAAAAUGCAAGUUCCAUAGCUCCAUCUGAUAUUGACAUAGUUUAUCAUUACAAAGGCUAUCGAGAAGCUGGAGGUGUUCGAAAGUAUAAAGCAACUCCUCCACCUGUAGCUUCUUACACCCAUCACAAGCAUCAAGCAUCUCCAGCUCAGCAACAGCAUAGGCAUUCUCCACACCAUGGAGGGCCUUAUGCACCAAGAGUUCCACCACAAGCUAGUCAGCCUCCACCAUCCAGCACACCACGUCCCCAUCAAAGCACUCCACUGGCGAGGCUUUCACCAAGCUCUGAAUUGAGCUCCCAACAGCCACGCAUCCUCACUUUGCAUGACAUAUCAGGGAAACCUCUGCAAAGUGCCCUGCUAGCAACAACUUCCAGCUCGGGAGGUGUUGGCAAAGAUGCCCUGCAUAGCAAUAGUGAGAGAAGUCUCAAUAGUCCUGUAAUGUCACAACUUUCUGGACAAAGUUCCAGUGCUAGCCGACAAAAGCCUGUCGUGCCACCUCAGUCAACUCCCCAGGCUCCCAUGGGUCUGACAGCUGAAGAAAUAGAGCGUCUAAAUGUCAGACCGCGGACUUCGAGUCUCGUAUCGACUCUCGAUGCAGUUUCAAGUAGCAGUGAAGCUCCCCGAGUGCCUGGCGGUGCUCAUCAUCUCUCCCUCGGUGUCCAUCAUUCUGCUGAUGUUGAUGCCCACAGUUCCACAUCGACAGAUGAGAGUGGCAACGAUAGUUUCACAUGUUCCGAGAUAGAAUAUGACAACAAUAGCAUUAGUGGAGAUAAGUACACAAAAAGUGGUGGCGAAGAUGAUCGUCGUGGCAAUGAGAGUGUCACGAAUUCCAACAAAGCACCGCCCAUGCCACCGCCUUCAUACGACGGAUUUGAUUCUUCGUUCCGAGGUUCCCUUAGCACUCUAGUCGCUUCCGAUGAUGAUCUAUCCACACAUAUGGGUGGCAUGUAUCGUCAGCCAAAUGGUGCUGCUUCCCCAUCUACAACAACUUUGGGAUGGGAUUACCUCCUUAAUUGGGGUCCAAAUUUUGAAAGUCUGAUGGGUGUGUUCAAGGACAUUGCUGAACUUCCCGAUUCGGUGGGAGAACAUCAUCCGCCUUCGCUGCGAAUACCAGCUGGUGUACAAAAAGCUUCUGAAGAAUAUGUGUAGAAUGAUGCCAAUUUGAAAAAUGUUUGUAUAUAUAAAAAAAAAAAAACCAUAAUUUUAAAAAACCACAUAAGCUGUUUUGUAUUAUUCUAGAUUAGAAUCAUAUUAAUUUAGUAUUUAGCAUAGACAUCAACCAAUUGUUGAUAUUUUUUAAUGAAUUUUUGUAAUAAUUAAUUAAUUUUUGGGCUUCCAUUGACAAAUCCAAAACACACACAAUGAACAAAAUAGAUAUUUUAAUAAAAAAUAAAUAAAUAACAAUCCUUAUUCAUAGUUUUAAAGUUAAUAAAAAAUAAUAAAUAAUUGUGAAUCACCUUGUAUCAAGGUUCAAAUCCUAAAUACAUUAAAAACCAACAAUAACCAUAAUAAAGAAAAAAAAAAGGU